GAGAUCCGGCCGUGUAUUAGCGCUCACGAGUCGGGGCAAGCGCACACACCCGCAUCGCACGAGCAGAGGACUCGAGACCCACGCGCAUCCUCCCCGGCCGCCGCGGCGGCUCGGCCUCCGCCACUCACCAGUGAGCUUCGACAGCGAGGGUUUGCACGGGAUCCCCGGGUACGAUGGCGGCGGCGACGGAGGAGCAGCUGCGAAUCACGGGAUCCGUCGUCCCUGGAGUCGGGGAAGUGGAAGAGGUCGACGAGGCCACAGAGGGGGGACGACUUGGGCGAGGCGACGACGACGAGAUCCUGCGGUUCAUGGACUCUGUGGACGGCUACCUCCUCCUCAUGGAUUCACUGUCCUCCGUUCUCCGCCCGGGGUGGCUUGAUCUGGCAAGUGCCCGUCACUCGAUGGGUACAUCACGUGUUUCGAGUACACUCUUCGAUCACAAAGAGCAAUCUGCAGCUAGCAAGCUGCAAGUGGUUGAUUCUGCAGACUCGCAGUCAUCAGAGCCAAACCCACAUUUUAUCCUGUCAAAGUGGUGCUUGCAAGAAAAAUCCAACUCCAAUGACGCUGUCGGUGUGCGAGAUACUACUAAGCCAAAAUUAAGGUACCGAGGGUCAGCAGCAACGCCAGAAGAUGGCAGCCAUGAUUCAGAUGCAACUCCGGCAGAGUCUGCUACUAGUGUGGACACUAGUAGCCAUGUUCAGAAGGCAAGAUCAAAAGCACUAUCAACCUUUGGAGCACUGGUAUCUCCAAAACUACGAUCGGCCCAGAUGUCCUUUGAAACAGCACUUGAAUUAAUUGUGGAAUUAGCAAAUUCUAGGUCAGACAUGUUAUCUAGUUUCUCUCAAAUAAAGGGGGAGUGACUGUUGAUUCAGCCACGCGUGCAACACAUCAUGUUCAGAAGCAUUUCCGUGCUGCUGUUUGAUCUGUCAUCUAUAUACCAACUACUUCACUACGGUAAUCAAUAAUUCCAUACAUCAGACCUUCAUUAUGGGCAAGACUUUUAUCUCUGUAGAUUUGUCCGAUGAAUUUUUUCGUGCUUUGCAGUGUGCCAGAGCUAAUGAGCAAACGGAACGUUGCUAUUCUCAUCUUAGUUUUUUUUUUUUUUUAACAAACAGCAGCAAUUGUAGAAAACUUUAUUUAGAUGUUGAUAUGAAUCGAGAUGCCUCUGGUCAUAAACAUAUUUGCUCUUGUACCUUGAAAAUUGUGUGUUGUCCUCGUUUGAGACUUGCGUGCAUAUUGGCCCAGAUGAAACAACUGAACAAAUCCUUUUGUUGA